UACAACCUCACGGCUGCUCCCUUACUGAAGGAAUACCAUGUUUUUAAGUCAGGAGUUCUUCUUUCUCGCUUUAUUGUAACUGGGGGUCUUACAACGACCCGCUACUGUUACAAAGCACAGUGCUUUAUAACAGUAAAGCUUCUGGAAAACCCAAACAAAAGACACGUCACCCGGUGACGUCAGCCUAUAUACAGUUCUGUGUGGUCGCAGCACAUAAGCAAAUCCAUUCUUGUGCCGUUUCUCGGAAAAGCUUUUCAGUAAAUGCACUCAUGCUGCUCCAGGAGCUCUUCUCUGCAACAAGCCGCCCAUCUGCCAUCAACAAGUUAAGACCGAGACAACUAACAGCUGCGGAAGGCAGAGACUGACGCUUUGAUUAACCAGCUGAGCAGGGCGAAAUUAAUAACUUAUAUUCCGAACUGAUUGAAGGGAUCAGCGUGGUCACAGAAAAUGUAACCAAUGCUGUUGAGAGGAAUAUCCUAAGGAAAAAACAACUCACCCUGGUGGAUUCAAUUUUACUCAGAAAGCCUGGGACACAGAAAACAGGAAACUGGUGAAAGGCUCCAGCAUGGAGCCUUUUACAGACUCACUGCGCUGAGUCUAACAACCACGACUGAAUGCAGCCUCCAAUGUGCUCAGAAGAAUGGCUGUCAUCUCUGCACCCAGAGCUCUUCUAUGGCCUUCGGAAGCUGCAGACCUUGCAUUUACGGUCCAACUCCCUGCGGACUAUCCCAGUACGCCUAUUCUGGGACUGUCGUAGUCUGGAGUUUCUGGAUUUGAGCACAAACCGUUUGCGAAGUUUGGCUCGCAAUGGAUUUGCGGGAUUAAUCAAACUGAGAGAGCUUCACCUAGAGCACAACCAGCUGACGAAGAUUAAUUUUGCUCAUUUCCUACGGCUAAGCAGUCUGCACACGCUCUUCUUACAAUGGAACAAAAUCAGCAACUUGACUUGUGGAAUGGAGUGGACCUGGGGCACUUUAGAAAAGCUAGACCUGACUGGAAAUGAAAUCAAAGCCAUUGACCUGACAGUGUUUGAAACGAUGCCCAAUCUUAAAAUACUCCUCAUGGAUAACAACAAGUUAAACAGCCUCGAUUCCAAGAUCUUAAACUCCCUGAGAUCCCUCACAACCGUUGGCCUCUCUGGCAAUCUGUGGGAAUGCAGCCCUCGAAUAUGUGCUUUGGCCUCCUGGCUGGGCAGUUUCCAAGGUCGGUGGGAACAUUCCAUCCUGUGCCACAGUCCUGACCACACCCAAGGAGAGGACAUACUAGAUGCAGUCCAUGGAUUUCAGCUCUGCUGGAAUUUAUCAACCACUGUCACAGCCAUGGCUACAACUUAUAGAGAUCCAACCACUGAAUAUACAAAAAGAAUAAGCUCCUCAAGUUACCAUGUGGGAGACAAAGAAAUCCCAACUACUGCAGGCAUAGCAGUUACUACUGAAGAACACUUUCCCGAACCAGACAAUGCCAUCUUCACUCAGCGGGUAAUUACGGGAACAAUGGCUUUGUUGUUUUCUUUCUUUUUUAUUAUUUUUAUAGUAUUCAUCUCCAGGAAGUGCUGCCCUCCCACUUUAAGAAGAAUCAGGCAGUGCUCAAUGAUUCAGAACCACAGGCAGCUCCGAUCCCAAACACGACUCCAUAUGUCAAACAUGUCAGACCAAGGACCGUAUAAUGAAUAUGAACCCACCCAUGAAGGACCCUUCAUCAUCAUUAAUGGUUAUGGACAGUGCAAGUGUCAGCAGCUGCCAUACAAAGAAUGUGAAGUAUAAUAUCUACCCGUCAUCAAAAAGUACAUCAGAUAAGUAACCUAUUUUACAUAGUAGGGGCUAAAUAAAUAUCUAAUUUUUACCAAUGGUGACAUUAAGUCUAAUUUUCAAAACCAAGUGGAGACUUAAGUUUUUGAAGUGUUGAAGUGUUUUUAAUUUUUUUUAAUGAAACCAUAUUUUAAGUGUUAAAUGAAGCAAUGCUCACAUUAAUUUGCACUCUUGUUGGAAAAAUCUAAAAAUGCUUACUUCAAAAUAAGACAUUUUAUGUAUGUGAUUAUAUACUAUUGAGUGUAAACAUUUACAUUAAGGUCUCCAUAUGCUAUUUUUUUCUAUUGAAAACAGUUUGGAAAGAAACUACUGAGCAGGAAAAGAUAUGGAUCAAUACUCGGUUGAUCAUUGCUUUCCAUCCCAAGUACCACAACAGGCUUGCUGCUUAAAAGGAGACCUAGUAAAGUUCUCUUGUAUGAUAAUUUGGUAUUUACUCAAAUCUACAAUUUACUGCCAGUGUGGGAAGUAGCAUUUCAUGUAUGCUGAAGACUGGUAAAUAUUAAACACUCUUCUUCCAGAGUUUUUGCCUAGGUUAAUAGAUAUUAUCAAAGUCCACAUCAAGAAAUCAGAACCCUUUAUAUAAUUCUAAUAAGCUGACUCUAAUAUAUUUCAUCAAUGAAUCCAAGUGAUUGUGGAAAGGUCUGAUUACAAUGAAAUCAAUACUAAAUAAUUACACUGACUUUGUAUCAUACACCUCUAGUUUAACUUAAAAAGGACAUGUUGAUUUUUAUGGAUUUAGACAAUUAUUUUAAACUAGUAUUAAAUUACCAUUUUACUAAUCAGUUUACUAAAUUCUAUAUCUGCAUUUGUAUGUGAAAAAAUAUUUAGAAAUUAUUUUGGAGAGAAGAGAGUCAACAGUCCUAUGACCUGCUCCCUCUAGUUGGAAAGCACACAAAAAAUUCCCUCCCCCUCACCUGUCAUGGUCAAAGAUGCCUUGACAAAGGGGUUAAACCCCUUCUGCCUUUUCCUGAUCUUCAAACCUCAAAGAGCCAAAUGAAAAAUAAUUGGCUAGCAACAGGCAUAACACUGGUUAUCAUCAGAAUAUAUUAUAAAGGAACCAUUAAAAAAUUCACUUUCUAAAUAUUAUAUGCUAAAACUUGGCCUUUUAAUAAAGAUACAUAGUCAUACUGUAACAGCAGUGCCUUCUGAGUGAAGGGAACAACAUAUUACUGGGGCAAACGUUCUCAUGGUAGAACACGCUACACGUUUAUGCAGCCACACAGUGGUCACCCGAAGACGGCACGGAGGUGAGGGGGGGAAAGGGAAAAGCAGCAUUUUGAAAUCUGACUCGCAAAAAACAGCUUAGCUGAAGUUAAAAGGCAGCCAAAAAUGAGGCACAUGGGUAGCUGUAUACAAUCUGCAACAAACAGGCGAAAGCCCGAGGACCUGCAAUUGAAAGGGGGGGGUUGGUGCCCCUCUUAAUACAAACAUUCCAUAAUUAACAAAUGACAAUAUGCCAUACUUUUCAUGCAGAAAAGAGCCACAAGUAUCGUGUUUCUUCGAUUAUGAUUUCUAUGGAGAAACUAUAACAUACUGGGAUUCAGUUGCAAGUUACCAAUUCACACAGAAUUUUUCCAUAAACAAAAUUCCAUGUAUGUAUGUAACAGCAAAAACCAAGAAAUUAGACUACUGACUUGAUUUUGGAAGAAUGAGCAUCUUUACAACUGGCAUUUUACUGUAUGUGAAAAGGGCAUAAUAAAUCCUUAGAGAAAACCAUUACCAUAAAAAAAAGUUCUCUUUUCCUUAACAUGACUAUUUACAUGAUAUCCUUCAUUCAAGGCAUAUUUUCUUCCCUGGACUGAAAUGAAAACAUGUUAAGACUACAGUUUAACCCAUGAGAUUCCACUGUAAUUAAUUUUUUUCUUUUUAAUACCAAGAGAGGGGUGGGUGUCUACCUACAUUUCAAAGAAAAUGUGUCUCAGUAAAAAGCAUGCAAGAUCAUACAUUAUGGUGAAAAUGUGCUCUCUAUAUUUUUCAAGGUGGGUAGAUUAGUUUGGCAAAGUCUCAGCCCAGUCGACUUCAGCUGAUCUUUAGCAGUGAGCAUUUUAUCUCUUGUUAAACCAGCCCCAGGGCCUGCCUGGGCAGGGACAGAAGCUGAUUUUACGGCAUAGAGCACAGCUCACUGCUUCCCUACAGAAGGGCUGGAUCAGAAACCCCCAUUACAAAUGAGAGCUCCACAAGCUAAAAUUUACCAACUCAUUUAUCAGGGUAACCACAGCCAUUUGUCAAGGGAAAGCUUUGUCACAAUACAACUGUGUCCUGAACACUCAAGAUUCCACUAGCCCUGAAGGAUAGCAAAGGAGUAUUUUCCAUCAUUUCAACCACAACCAAAAUUAAUGGAGACUGUGAGUAAAAGGGUGAAAAGUAUUGGCUGGGUAUCCCCACAUUAAUCCUAAAGAUUACAGUUAGUAAAAUGGACCAUCAAUCAGCAAAAUCCUUAAUGUAUGUAGAAAAUUGGAAAAGCAAGCCAUUUAGUAAUUCAGAAGAACAGCAUAGCUAAGGCCAGCAAGGCAUACUUUCAAGUUGAAAAUUAACUGAUUUUUUUUUUUUUUUUGGUCCUCCAUUUUUUGGGUAAUGCUCUCUGAGAAAAGUGAGUAACAAUGCCAAACAGCAUUUUCCUUUUUCAUUAAAGCGCAAACACCCUUUUGAAUUGCCCAUGGAAGGCAGGAUUCCAUUUCAUUUUGGUCUAUUUGUGUUUCGGUAUCAGCACAGGUUUGAAGAUGAGCCUGUUAGUCUUCUGUGCUCUCUUUACCAGCUGGCUAGGGUGCAAGGGCAUCACAGCUACACUGCAGAUCCUGCUAACGCAAUGUUAGGGCUUUUGUUUCUCGGUUUAGUUUUAUCCUCUUCAGUCUCUUCUCUCCCCCCACCCCUUUUAUUUCAUUUUCAAGGUUAGAGGGAAAACGACCACUUAAUCAAGAACCAGAAAAAUAAUUAAAUCUCUCUAGAAAAAGGAAAGUUAAAGAAGGUUAUGAUUCUGUACCCACUUAGUAACCAAGAGCUAGUUUGGAAUCAUUUAUAUUCAUUUCUGUAGCUUGCCAGGGAUUUCAAUCACCUUUCUGAAAUGAGAGUGGGCUGACAAAUUUGCAAAUCCAUACACCAACACAGAGAAUACCCACUGCCAACAUCAAAUAGCAAAGAUACUAAUUUUUUAAGCCAAAAAUCUGCACUAACACAUGUAAUUUCUUAAUGUGCCUAAGUUAAUUUCUGUACUAAUUCAAUGAAUGGAAUUGACUGAACUUCCCAACUCCACUAAUUAUUAAAAUCCAUCUGCUUAUUCUGAUGCUAGUCACCAAGAGCUAGACUCUAUCUUUCCAGUAAAAAUGGGCCCCAUGUAGCACUAGGUCUGAACCCUAAAAUUCAAAACAGGCCUAUCAUUUUCUUACAGCAUACUUCCUAUACACAACUACCGAGGGAAAGAAAACUGUAAAUGCCCUGUUCUCUCCAAAGUGUGGAUAUCAACAUGAAAUUUUGAAAGAAUAUUUUUAGAAGCUGACUUACAUUACCAUUUUUCUAAUAGAGCAAUACAGUGACAGACCUGUCUGAAAAGUCUGUUUGUCUCAAAAAGCACUUUAACCUUUUCAUCUUACUGGUUAAAGUGCUUCAACCAGAAAAAGAUAAAGGUGUAAGGCCACCCAUAGGUAAUUACAUAGUUCUGUUCCUAACCUAGGGCAAACUUGAAUAAUUUAAGGCAAAAAAACAAACAGAAAAUGAUGGUUUAAGCUUUCAUACUGUUAUUGCAAACAUCUGGAAACAUCUGCUACUCUUUCCACUAAUCUAUCCUUCCUUGGUAAUUAAAAAAAAGUUUGAUCUAUGGAAUGUUUGUUGAAACUUCCUAUCAACACUGAGACUGGAAACCAAAAGUACAGUCUAAACACAUUGUGUUCAAUAACCUUUAGAGCCAUUUGUUUGGGGGGUGGGGG